AUGGAAGAAGAAGCAGCAACAACAAGAGGGUCACUACUUCUCAAACAAAAGCUUGAUAAUAAUGAUCAAUGGAGCAGUAGUGAUCAUGGUGGUAUGCAGCUAAGUGAAUCCUUAUCAACCACCACACCUAUUGUUGUGCUUAGCACAUUAGCGGCCGUAUGUGGAUCAUUUACUUUUGGAAGUGCAGUGGGAUAUUCUUCACCAUCCGAAUCUGGAAUUGAGGAUGACCUUGGCCUUACUUCAGCGGAGUAUUCAAUUUUUGGUUCAAUAUUGACAAUUGGAGCAAUGUUAGGUGCAGUAUUUAGUGGGAAAAUUGCGGAUUUCAUUGGUAGGAAAGGUGCAAUGGGAGUUUCAGAAACAUUCUGCAUCCUCGGGUGGCUUGCAAUAGUAUUUGCAAAGGAUGCUUGGUGGCUUGACCUUGGAAGAUUUUUGGUGGGAUGUGGAAUUGGGAUUCUUUCUUAUGUGGUUCCUGUUUAUAUUGCUGAAAUUACACCUAAGAAUGUUAGGGGAUCAUUUACAUCACUUAGUCAGUUGAUGAUAGGUUGUGGCAAGGCUCUCACAUUUCUUAUUGGUUCUCUUGUCAAUUGGCGCACCUUGGCUCUAAUAGGAAUCAUUCCGUGUCUAGCACAUCUGCUUGGCCUAUUUUUCAUUCCUGAGUCUCCUAGAUGGUUGGCCAAAUGCGGACGUUUAGAAGAGUUUGAAGUUAGGCUGCAAUUCCUUAGGGGAGAAAAUGCUGAUAUUUCUCAAGAAGCAGCUGAUAUCAUUGAAUAUACCGAAAACUUUCGAUGGAUAUCUGAAGAUGGAGUUCUGCACCUAUUCCAGGGAAAAUAUGCUUGUUCAAUCAUAGUUGCAGUUGGGCUGAUGGCAUUUCAAGAAUUUGGAGGACUUAAUGGGUUUGCAUUUUAUACAAGUUCUAUAUUUGAGUCAGCAGGUUUUUCAAGUAAGAUUGGGACUAUACAAAACUUUUCAAUUUACUCAGAAGAUUGUACCUGA